UUUUGUGCCGUUGGUGGCGCUGUGUUUCUUUUUCGUUUGAGCGGAUGAAACAAGAUCAGCGAUCCGUCUUGUUCUCGGGCAUCCAAGAACACACCGCCAGAACUCGGCCAAAGAUUCUUUAUGUCUGUGAUAAUAACAAUCAUCUCCGACCGGACAAACAACAAUACUUCAAGUAAUACUUGCCAAUGUUUUCGACUCGUCUAGAAUGUAUUUGUGGAUUUACCGCAAGCUUUAUAAUAAUAUGCGCCCCCAAACGAACAAAAUAAAUAAAAUAAUAAUAAUAAUAAUUAAAAAAAAUAAUAUAUAAGUAAGUAAUAGCGCCCUCUAUUUUUUCAUGUUGUGCUCCUUAAAGUCGUUGGAUUCUGGUAACGAAAUCUGACGGACUUUAGUGUGUAAACAAUCAAACAACGCCUUGUGAUUUGUUUACACUCUUGUUCAACAAGUCACUUCAAGAACUUUAAAAAGUUCCCAACUGGGUCGUGAUAAAAAACGAAACUUUGUCUAUAUUUUGAAUACUUUGAUAUUUAUUGACUCCGUGACUGAGCCUGUUUGUAAAUCACUUACUGAUCCUGCCUCAAGGAGUCAAGCAAUAAAGCAAUUAAAACUGGUUGCCUUGUCAACGAUAAAAACGAACCAAAUCAAAUGGAAUUAAAAUUGAACUUAAUGUUUAGAAGGGGACUUUAGUUGUUUUUGAGUGACACUGACAGUCAAGAUGGCGUCUUCAAGUAGUGGAGGAAGAAAGUCUUCAGAACUGAAGAUGAUGAUUUCUGCUAGUCAUCAGGACGUUGAUGAAAUGAAGGAAAAUCUUGACAAACUGAAAAAGUUGUCCAAGGACGACAAAUCUGAGUCUGCAAUGCUACGAUCUCGGAUUGAUGAACAAUCAGCGCUAAUUUGCAUACUGAAGCAGAGAGCUGAUGAAGCUUUGACACAAUCGCAAACCUUGAAACGCGUCAAUCAAGAAUUGGAAACAUUCCGAUGUCAAGCUCAAGAGAUUAUUGAGACAGAGAUCAAGAAAUCUAGUAUGUUGGAUCAGAGAUUCUUUGAACUAGCUGAGAAUCAUGAGGAGAUGAUUCGGAUUAAAGAUGAUUAUAAACACAGGAAUGAGGAACUGGUGAAGGAAAAUGCCCACCUGAGGAGUGAAAACACUAAUCUAUUCUCAGCUUCAUUGAGAGAAAAAGAUGAACAGAUAGAUUCACUCCAAAAACAUGUCUUGAGUCUCAAGGAUCAAUGCAAGGAAUUAAAUCAAGUCAUCAGUCGACUCAAGAGUGAAAGUCAAGAGACAGAACAAUCACAAGGAGAUAGAAUCAGGCUGCUUGAGAAACAACUUCAUGAUUCAAAAAGAAAUUUAAAUGCUGCCCAGUCUCAACUUAAACAACAAUCCGAGAAUCUUAAAAAUGUUGACACCAACAGCACCCUGAAACUGGAGAAACUAAGGAAGGAGAAAGACGAGAUGUUAGAACUUGCUAUGCAUCGGGGAAAGCUGGUACAGGAUAAACAGAGAGAAAUGAAAGAGCUUCAAUCAAAGGUAGCUUCAGCUGAGAGAGAAGUGCAACGAAUGGAGGACAAAUUUGAACGUGAAGCAGCCCAAGUCUCAACAAAUCUGCGAGUUAUUCGCUUAAAAGAUGAAAAAGAACAAGCUCAAUGUACUUUAAAAAAACUGACUAUGGAAUAUGAAGCUUACAAAAAGCACAGUAGUAGUCUCCUUUCCAAAGAGCGAUCUCUGAAUGCCCAACUCAGGAAUCUGGUCUCCUAGCAGAAACAAAGGUAU